GUGAAUGCUACUUGCCAGAAUACCGUGGGCUCAUACAAAUGUACUUGCAAAGCUGGAUACUGGAUACUGGAAAUGGCCGCAAAUGCGUUGGUAAGUACUGAACUUUGCUUUAAAUGUCUUCCAUAUUUUGCCCUUUUGCUUCGCAAACUGACCGACUUAGUUGUCCUCUGUUCUGAUUUUAUUUAUUAGAUUGUAGACUAAAUAAAUAUGCUUUAUAGUGUAUGUACAGAACUGUUGUUAUUUUCUCUAUCUUUUGUGGUCAAAACUUACUGAUAAGCCCCUAGUGGGUAUUUAAUCGGAAUUCUGAGCAGUAAAAGAAUACUUGCACUAAUGUGUGCACUCUAAAUCAGACAGAUCUGUUUUAGCCCUAAAAAUAUGGCCGUUUCGGUAAGUAAAAUACAAUCCUAUUUUUGAGUCUAAUUUGGCGCCCUUAAAUCAGGGCCAAUACAGUCCAAUUAGCUAGGGCUGAUUUGGUCCCAGGGCUGAAAUGGGCCCUAAAGUGGGCUGGAAUAGCCUUUUGAUUGAGCUUUUUUGGCCUGAAUUGUGUUCAAAUGGCUCCAGGAAGGGCUGAAUCAGACUUUGGCCUACAGGGCUGAAUUGACACUAGGGCUGAAACAGAUCUUUUUAAUUUUCAGUAUGGAACAACCUUUUACACGAAUUUUGAUUCCUUUAAUCAAAACAAUUACGAACUUCCGUUUGGGGAUGAUUUGUUUUUACUUUAAGAACUUCACUGGUAAUAACGUAAAAGUUUGAUUUGAUUUGAAAAAAAAAAAAAAACACUCGAAAACGAAAAUGUCACUUUUAGACCUCAAGGUCGCCCCAAUUCAGACUGAAGGCAAUAAAAAAGCCCCAAGGGGUCUGAUAUGUCUGAAUAGAGGAACGUCGGGAGGAAAUGUCAAGGAAGGUAUUGCCUUUUUUUUUUCGGCGCAUGAAAUCAAUAUUUCAUUAUAUUGUCUGUGUCUUUAGAAAUCGACGAGUGUAGGAGCAAAACCCAUAACUGUAACAAAAAAUGCGUUAUGUAAGAACACUGAGGGGUCUUUUACUUGCACCUGCAAUCGCGGUUUCAAGGGAGAUGGAAAGAAGUGUAGAGGUAUCUAUCUAGCGCUCUUUAAAGGUGGCUUUCCAGCGUCGCGUAAUUUUUACGUGCGUAGGCGCUUUAGUUUUAAGUACGUAUAUAAAAUAACGGCUAUGUAUCAAAGGUUGCGUGUAAACGUAAAACUUGAACCUCGCUCAACUUUUACACGCGGCCUUUCAUACAUUGCCUCCAGGGCCCUGACUGCCUCUAUUAUAUUUACGCGCGUACAUUUUACUUGCGUACGCACAUAAAUAUUACGCGGAAGUGGAAAUCCACCCUAAGUUCUUGAUCACCUAACGACAGUUUAUACAUCCAGCACGUGCGUUCAUUCUAUUGCUUGUAUUUAUUCUCCCUGGCACCGGUUGUUCAAACGUUGGAUAGCGCUUUGCAUCGGAUGAAUCACUACACAGUGGAUAAGUAUUAGUGAAACUUACUGCGUUAUCUACUGGACGGUGAUUUAACUAGCGGAUAGCGUUAUUCAGCUUUUGAACAAAUUGUCCAGGUAACACUACCAUAGCCACACAAGCCAUCACGUUCUUCUGUAACGUAGAAUUGAAAGAGUAGAAUGUAAAGGAAGAAUUAUCAGUUUACUUGCCUUGUAAACGUAAAAUAAAUGCAAUUUUAUGAUUUUCAUGUAGAUAUCGACGAGUGUACAAGUAAAAUCCAUAACUGUGACAGAAAUGCGUUAUGUAAGAACACUGAAGGGUCUUUCACCUGCACCUGUAAACCUGGUUACAAGGGAGAUGGCAAGAAGUGUAAAGGUAAAUAUCUCAGU